UUUGCUCACUUAUUUAAUUCUGUAUUUUUUGAGUAUAUUUUACAUAAAAUGACAUAAAGGUUUAAAAUUUUACUUAGCUUCAAACAUAUUUGUUUAUACGAAAAGCGCCAAAGACAUUUGAAGUGUUGUGGAACAAGAUAGCAAAUGAAUACAACUAACUAUAUAAAUCGCGGUCAGACUCAGCAUAAAAGUGAGUAUGAGAUGUAUCUUUUCGGCCAAACGAAGAAUUAUGAAAUGCAUUUCAUCUUCUUAUUCUACAUAUAAUUGUAUUAAUCGCUUGAAUACUUGUAUGAGUUAAAAUAUGUUUUCAGCUGAUUCAAAUUUGGCGCAGACAUUGAUACCUAAUGAAAGACAAAGGACAACCAGUUGUUAAAUGGUAUUAGCGCAAAUUUGAUACAAAAAAAUUUAAUUGAUUAAAUUUGGUUAACAUUUCAUUGAAAGCUCAUCACAAAUACUACUAAAACAGUCUACAGUUCAACGUUGUUCUAGCAUUAUGUUAUAUAUUGUUAGUAACACAAAGAACACAUCUGAAUAAUUCAACGCUUUAGCCGGUCAAUGUCAGAACGUUAUUAGAGCAUAUUUGAGUGAUUUGUGACUGGAUGUGUGAGUGUUGUAAAUAAGCACCUUUGAGAUAAUGCGCUGAAUAUUUGGCUUUGGUUAAUAAAUAAUUAUCUAUAUUAAAAAUUCGAUAAUAGUAAUUUUUUGAUAAGAAAACACAUAGAGAAAUUGUUUUGGUAUCUUUCGUUCAUUGACUCAAUAAAAUAGCUUUACAAUCAGACAUGGAUCUGGUCAGUAAAUGAAGGGGGGAUAUCCUGCAGUCGAAUGAAUAUUUCUAUUUUGUUAUUGAAAGUUAGUCUUUCAAUGAUUAUUCGAUUAUCUCUUGAACGGAAUUUCAGAUUUGGAUGUAACAUUAUUUCUCGAACGGGAAUCAUUCUAAAUAAUGGAAUGAGCGAAUUUGGAGGGCCUGGUCUAGAAAAUAGAUAUGGCCUCUUGCCGUCACCAGCCAAUUUUAUUCGACCACAAAAGAUGCCACUGUCUUCCAUGUGUCCAACAAUUGUUCUGGAUGAAAAUCGAAAUGUUGAAAUGGCCAUUGGUGCUGCUGGCGGUUUUAAGAUAACAUCUUCAGUUGCAUACGUGCUUUUACGGUAUUUAUAUUUCAAAGAAUCUAUCGUGACCGCAGUACAUGCACCACGACUCCAUCACCAACUUGUACCAAUGCAAUUGGAAUAUGAACAAGGGUUUCCAGACAAUAUUAUUGAUGGAUUACGUGAAAUCGGUCAUGAAAUGGUUCGAGCACCUUCGGACGAAAUAUUUUCAUCAGUAACUGCCAUUGGACGUGAGGGGAAAAAAUUUGUACCCGUAUACGAUCAUCGACGAAUGGGCAGCACAGAAGUAUUUUAAAUAGGCAUUUUUAUAGACUCCCCGAUUGAAGGUUGAUCUAAUGUAUGGUUGUGAUGAAGUGCACAAAAAAAUAAACAUUUUGCGCGCAAAUGUAUAAAUUAUGCAAUGAACAAAGUAAAAAUUGAUUAAAUUGAAAAUGACAAAACUGCUACAAU